GUCUAGAACACGACUGGAUGAAGAAAAGUGCCUCAGCGAACGCUGUCAAAAUCGACACCAAGAAAUUGAAACAGUUUUUGGCCAAAAGAAGAUGGCAGGUAAAUCCUUUAAAUGAAGAUGAAAGAAAGUGUCAUACCACUCUUUCAACAGUUAGCGCCGCCACGAUAGUGAAAUCCAAGAUGACCGAUGUACUGUAUUUGUUCCUGGCCUUUAACAGUCAUAACGAUACACAGCUUAUUCAGCUGCCUCAAGUUACACAAAUGCUUCUUGCACUUCCAUUAUUGAUUUUUAAUUCGCUUUAUAUUGAUCAAUUAAUGAUAUUUAUCACUAGCCGAUUGAUUUUAUGAAUUAUGCGAUGAAUAUUAAUCAAUGAAUGAAUGAUUACUAACAUUGAUGAUUUGACGUGAUUUGCUAACAUUAACAGCUAAUAAAUAACUUGAAAUCAGAUUAAUAAACUGUUGAUUAUUUACCAUGGGAUUUUUAACGUUUAAUCUGAAGUAUAAUCUAGAAUUACUUGCACAUACUUUGGCUAAUUGCAUAAUAAUUAUAUUCCUAAUUAACCCAGUAAUUAUUGACUAAUUUAAUUGUUUUUAAUCGAUAAUUACAUGAACUUUAUAUUUUCACCUUACGCGAUAUCUCACCCAAUUCCAGACACCGUCAUUAGGUCAAAUAUUUUGACUUUCUGAGAGCGUGGGUGUUCUUGACUUCUAAUUUAGAGAAAAUCCAGAAACUUUUGUACAAUUGCUCUAAAAGUCAAUUAAUCAACAGAAAAUGACUCACAAUACACUUCACAUAACUGACAAGCACAUUAUUUUUCUGGUAAAUAAACAUUCACUCAACUCAAAUCACGUCAGUCAAAUUCUGUACAUGUGCUUACAGAUUCCCAGCUUAAGCGCAUGCGUCAAUUAUUCAGGGCCGCUGACUGAUGACGAAAUCCUCGAGAAGUCUGUCAACGCCCUGGUAGCUGUUCGCCGACUAUCCAGCUUAGCAUCUCUUAUGAACGUGAAGAGCCGCCCUUCUAUUGCACCGUCGUUAGCGACUGUGGCCUCUGCCAACGAAGAGGAGGAGGAGACAGCUGAUGACGGGGCACUGCAAGAGGAUAAGGAACAGGAGCUUGUUCGAGACAUAGUGGACAUGGCUUUAGAAGAAAACAUUGAGCAAAUCUCUAUAAAGCCGCCAGUAUUUACGAAAGAAUUAAGUGACAUCUCCAUUAACGAAGGAGAAACAGUUUCAUUUGAAGUCGGCAUCGAAAAUGACUCCAACUGUCAUCUGGAAUGGCUUAAGAAUGGCGUCAAAGUCACUGAGGGUGAGCGGUUCUCUCUUGUCAAUCACGGUGAAGGUGGUUAUUCACUCACCAUCCGGGAUACUCAAGAUGACGACUCUGGGGAGUACCAUUGUGUGGCUGAGAACGAGGCUGGAAGGGUGACUUGUGGUGGAAAGCUGUCUAUAGAAUGUAAGUAGCAUUGGAACCCUGCGUUAUUGAUGACACCUCAAAUUAUGAUCAACUGUGCUCCCGCACUUGACAUAUUCCUUUACAGUCUUGCACUGGCACUUCUGCAAAUUGUUUGACGAACGUUAACUCGAAAAUGUGGAGUGUGGAAUGUGCCCCUAGAAAAACUUUUAAAUCGAGGACUUAGAAUUACAAGGCCCAAGCUACUUACAACAAGCCAGCUUUUUCACUAGGCGCUUACGGGGUUAGACAUUGUGAUGUUAAUGUUAUAUAUCAAACAGGAGAGACCGUGUUUUACCACAUCUUCAAACACCGAGAGGAGUGUUGAAAACAAGCUUCGAGACGUUUGGAAAUGUGGUUUAACACUCUAAGAAGGGAACAGAGAGAAAAAAUAAAAAAGGGCUCCUAACUAAGACUCUAAGAUCAAAUAUCCAAGCACCUUCACGGUUAUCAUUUCCCUUCAUUUAAACUUGAAGUAUUAUUAAUGAGGUCCAGAAUUUAUGUAACGAAGAAAUAUUGCUCCUACCACCUUUGAAGAGCUUAAAAUUCUAAGGGAUCCGCGAUUUCUCUUCUCCGAGUUAAGGCAGGCACUCCUUAAGGUAUAUUGACAGCAGAAAAACACGAUAAGUUUGGACACAAUAUCAGGAGACCUCCCUGUCUCAAUUGAGGAUAGCUAGGCAAAUU